UGGUCGAUGAGUCAUGACAACGCGGAAAAAGAGGAACUAGGAAGACGUCGAGUUUCAAAAGGAGUCCGUUUCUUUCUAAUCAACCACCACAAAUUAAUCAAAUCAUAAAAUGUCUCACUUUAGAAAGAGAGAUUGGAAACCAGAUCAUGUCAUCAUGCAGGAGAAUCCACACAUUUUGCAUACCCACGAAGCUAUGGUGGAUCUGAUAAAUGGAAGAACCACUAAUUACACCUUUAUGGACGCCUUUAACUAUGGCCUGUUGGGUCUUGAUAUUGUCAACCCCUUCGUGGGUGACUAUAUUGACGAUGAAUACGACGAUGACAACGACUAUUAUGAUGACAAAAAACGCAAAGAUAAAAAAGCCUAUUGCGGUUUUACACACAAUUUUUUAGGGCAUAGUAGCUCAAAGCUACCCUUAACCCCCCACCCAUGUAUAAGACAACUCACUCCUGAGGAGGCUGAAAAAAACGGCAGGGAACUAAUAGAAGAAGAGAGCAAACUAAAAGAAAAGGCAGAAAAGAAAAGACUUAAAAAGAAGCGACAGAAGGAGAGGAGACGUGCAGGAAAAGAAAAGGAGCCUGAGAAUCAAGGGCCAAGGAGGCCCAGCCGCUCGGAGAAACAGGGAGGAGAUUUAAACAUUGAGCGAGAGCAGCAGGAGGAGAAGGAGUUUACAGAGGAGCGUCUUGGUCCGGGACCUGGUGGUACUGCAGCCUGUAGCAGGCAGCAGGAGGCGCAGGAUUCUCCUUUGGAGGAGAACUGUGGUAGCAGUAAUGAGGACCAGGAGGAUGUGGGAGACGAGGGCUUAGCCAGGGAGCCAGAGGAGUUGGAUAUGAGUAGCUGCUUCGUCUCUACGGCUGCUUGUAUUGCUAAACGACAACUAGAGCAGAACCCCAAACCAGAGAAGAAAAUUAUUAUCCAGCAGCAGGAGAAGGAACAGCAGCAGGAGAAGGAACAGCAGCAGGAGAAGGAACAGCAGGAGGUUAUUGUCAGGAAAAAGGAGAAAAAGGUGGAGGCCAAUGUUGAUGAUAUUCUUAAACGAAGCACAGAGCUCGCCCUCAUAGGAAACCAGUUCGCAGCCUGUGGCCAGCUGGAAAUGGCAGUCAAGUAUUUCACUGACGCUAUUAAACACAAUCCUACAGAAUUUAAGCUGUUUGGGAACCGGUCCUUUUGUUAUGAGAAGAUGCAGCAGUAUGAUCGGGCCUUGAGUGAUGCCGAUCUGGCCCUCUCCAUGGAGCCUGGUUGGAUUAAAGGACUAUAUAGGAAGGGGAAGGCUCUGUCUGGACUCAAGAGGUACUUUGAGGCAUGCCAGACCUAUAAGGAGGUAUUAAUGCAGGACAGUUUGUGUUCAGAUGCUGCUCAGGAGUUGAUGAAAGUUCAGAUCAUGCAGCUGAUGGAAAUGGGAUUUACUCGUGAGCAGAGCUCUAAUGCGCUGAUUGUCCAUGGAGACUUUGAGAAGGCGGUUAAUGUCCUGUCUGGUAUUGAAGAUGAAUAUGGUAGUAAUGACAUUCCUGCGGCUGCCACCUCAGCAGAGGACAGUGCGACGUGGGAGGGAGUGUGCCCCAGGCCUAAACCUCUCCUCCAAACCAGACCUAAACCCAGAUCCACUACCCCAGGCCCUGAACCCAGAUCCACUACCCCAGGCCCUGAACCCAGAUCCACUACCCCAGGCCCUGUAUACCACGUUGCACCGGGAGGGAGCACAAGCAGUCUGUUUCCUGUAUAUGUUGGCUGUUUGGGGCCCAACACAACACAACCAAUGCUACACAGCCUCUUCAGCAGUGCUGGGACGAUCCACAGUAUCAAAAUCUUGCGCUCUUCCAACUGUGCAUUUAUCAACUACACCAACAUGGACCACUGUGAGAGAGCCAUCAGGACUCUAAAUGGUGAGGUGUUGAACGGAGUGAUGCUGGCUGUCCGUCACCCCGAUAGAGUGAUGCAGAAGAAACUGGGCUUGUCCCAAUUAGCUUUCGCCCUCACCAACGCACCAGAGAAGAGUCAGGAGUGUUACUUCUGGAGAACCACAGGCUGUGUCCGACACAACACCUGCAUCUUCAGACACGUGCCACAACACAAGGGCAUCGACAGGGACAAGGUCAACAAGUGAACAACAGGCAACCACACACCAAUAACCUGGUCCUGGAAGCUGGAUCAGAGGUCUCCCCCCCCCCCCCCAGGCUUACUUUUCAAAUAUGCUUUUUAUACAAUUAAAAGGUUAUAUAAGUAGACUUAAACUUCGAUAAGCUAUAAUUGACUCAACAACCAAUAAACACAUUUUUUUGUUUGUUUAAUCAACUAGGAAAUGUAGUUAUAUGUCGCUGUUGUUUUUCAAAGUUAGCUGGCUAAUUUGCUAAUCCUGUUUUUUGGAAUGGACCGCUGGGAAAGAAUCACGGCUUCUACUGACAUGUUCCCUGUACUGACAUGUUCCCUGUACUGACAUGUUCCCUGUACUGACAUGUUCCCUGUACUGACAUGUUCCCUGUACUGACAUGUUCCCUGUACUGACAUGUUCCCUGUACUGACAUGUUCCCUGUACUGACAUGUUCCCUGCUAUGUUCUCAUUCACUUUAUAUUGGAGAAAAGCCUUGAUAUAUUGAUUGUCUGUUGCCUGUAUGGAUUCUAUUGUCAAACGACAUGUCUCUCUCCACGACAUAAGUCCUCAUCAGGGCCACACAGGGAGUUAUGUAGAUAUUCGUUAUGGAAGACGGAGGAGUUUGUUUUUCUUAUUCUUUUUUUUCCCCACGCUAGAUUUCCAUCCAGUUGGUGACAGGAUUUUAAUUCUAAAAUCUGCACAAAAAUAAAACACGCAUUUUCCAA